CUUGCAAAAAAAUUUCGGUGAGAAGUUGCGGUCGUGGUCAGUGUGAUUUAUAAUUCCAAUUGUUGUUGUUAACAAUUACCAGUUUAGCUUCAAAUUAGUGUAAAACCGUUAUUUAGCAUCCGUUUUAUCACGAUUUUAUAAAAGAAAAAAUAAUGGCUGAUGAAAGUCUAUUAAACGACUCCAACCUGGGAGCUUUAGGAUCCAAUGAUGAUGAUUCGGAACUGAUUAUUGAGGAUGAUUAUUUGAAGGGGGCUGAAAUGCAAAUUGACCCAGAACUAGAAGCUAUCAAAGCUCGUGUUAAAGAAAUGGAGGAAGAAGCGGAGAAAUUGAAGCAACUACAAACGGAAGUUACCAAACAAAUGACCCUAGGUUCACCCACAGGUGUUACUCCAAUUCUUACGGCAGAGGAAAAAGCCGAAAUAGAUAAUCGUUCCAUAUAUGUGGGAAACGUUGACUACGGCGCAACAGCCGAAGAACUAGAAGCCCACUUCCAUGGAUGUGGCACCAUCAAUAGGGUUACCAUUCUUUGCAACAAAGCCGAUGGACACCCGAAGGGCUUUGCCUAUAUAGAAUUUGGCUCGAAGGAAUUUGUCGAAACGGCACUUGCAAUGAACGAAACCCUCUUCCGUGGACGCCAAAUCAAAGUGAAUCCGAAACGUACAAAUCGACCUGGAAUGUGUACCACGAAUCGCUUCCCUCGUGGCACUGUUCGAGGACGGGGGGCUAGAGUUUCGAGGGCAUGCUGCUACGGAGGACACCGAGGAACACGAAGGCCUGCUCGUGGAUACCGAGGAAGGGCUACUUAUUACGCACCGUAUUAGGAGCGGGCUAGAUCCUACACCACCCGAUAUUCGCUAUAAGCCGAAAACGCAUUCACUACGGCAUACGUUUCAUUUCUAGCAUCUAGGAUAACCCCCGACGUAGAGACACUGAGAGAGCACCAGUGGCAACUAGGAUUAUUAUUAUUAUAUUUCAUUACGAAUAUCUUUUCAAAAAACAUUAUUUGUCUUCAAAUAUUCUCUACAACCUUCGAAUCCGGAUGCAUUAAAAUCGUAAAUUGCAUUCCUUUGCGAGAGUGUUUGAAAAUUCCCAAAAUAAAUGCAAAAGCCAUUGUCAGAGAGAAAAAGAGUCGCCGUUGUUAAAAAUAAUGUUUUUUGAAUCCGUUCAAAACAUAAAACACAAAAGAGGAAAUGGACAUAAAAUGCCACAACAAAAAAGAGCCACUGGAAACACAAAAUAGCCUCCACGAAAAGAUGCGGAUCGAUAAAAAAAAAUCAAAAGACAUGGCAAACACCAAAAGAUGGCAAAAACAAAACACAAAAAAUGGGAAAAAGAUUUGAAAAUCCGCCACCAUGCAAAAAAAAAUGCAUUGAGAAAAGAAGACAAGUUUUUUGAAAAAAAAUAAUAAUGAAAAGAUACAUCUGCAGUUUGGAGAAAAGAGGACCUGGAGCCCACAAAAAAAUAACAAGGAGCAUCAGCAAAAAAAAAAGAAUGAAGACCACAAGAGACGAAAAUAUCAAAAUGAAAAGUUUAAGUUUUAGAGAAUAAAACAUAAGGAUAACAA